CGCGCCGCAGCCGCCAUGGCCGAGACCGCUCCCGUCGCCGCGCCCGAUGUCGCCGCCGCCGCCCCGGCCCCGGCCAAAGCUCCCGCCGCCAAGAAGCCGAAGAAGGCGGCGAGCGGCUCCAAGGCCCGCAAGCCCGCGGGGCCCAGCGUCACCGAGCUGAUCACCAAGGCCGUGGCCGCCUCCAAGGAGCGCAAGGGGCUCUCGCUCGCCGCGCUCAAGAAGGCGCUGGCCGCCGGCGGCUACGAUGUGGAAAAAAGUAACAGCCGCAUCAAGCUGGGCAUUAAGAGCCUCGUUAGCAAGGGCGUCCUGGUGCAGACCAAGGGCACCGGCGCCUCCGGCUCUUUCCGCCUCAGCAAGAAGCCCGGAGAAGGGAAGGAAAAAGCUCCGAAGAAAAAAGCUGCCGCAGCCAAGCCCAAGAAGCCGGCGGCGAAGAAACCCGCCAGCGCCGCCAAGAAGCCCAAGAAGGCGGCGGCGGUGAAGAAGAGCCCCAAGAAAGCCAAGAAGCCGGCGGCUGCAGCGGCCAAGAAAGCAGCGAAGAGCCCCAAGAAGGCGACAAAAGCUGCCAAGCCCAAAAAAGCGGCGGCAGCAGCGAAGAGCCCGGCUAAGGCAAAGGCGGUGAAGCCCAAAGCAGCCAAGCCCAAGGCAGCUAAGCCCAAAGCAGCGAAGGCAAAGAAGGCAGCACCCAAGAAAAAGUAAAUGGGUGGACCCUGUAACUUCUU